AUGAUGGUGGAGACUAUCCUUGAGUCCUCACAGGACUUUGGCAUGUCGAACGGUUCCCUGCCGCAGUGGAAGCGCGAGCUGCUGCAGCGCCGCGCGGCGCGUUCCCGACCGCCGGUGUCGCCCCCCGCGCCGCCGCCGCCGCCUCCUCCCCCUGAGCCCGCUGACGACGAGGAGCUCCGCUAUGGGCCAGGGAUAGUCAAACGCCUUAAGUCCCGCUACCUCAGCUUAGCGCUACGAGACGCCCCUCGUAGACGUCCGUCAGUACUACGCCGCGCCGCCUCCCUCGAGCACUUGCUGGACGAACCGCCGGCGCCGCGAGCGCACUCGCGCUCCGCCCGCCCCGUCUCCCUCGCCGCGCCCCCCACCCCCGCCCGCCGCGACUCAGUUAAACGCGCGCGCUCUGUCGACGCUCUCAGCCGUUUGGACGAACCAGAAGCGGCUCCUCGCGUUCGCCCGCCGCGUAGACCCGCGCCCUUGUUACGAGACACGGAGCGUCCGCCGCCGGAUGUAGUACGAUCCGCGCUUCGUAAGUUCGAGUCGGCGCCGCCGCGCAGGACUGCCCCGGCGGCGCGGGUUUCUGCUGUGCUCCGCGGCUUGGAGUCCGGACCGCGCUGCUCCACACCGGAACCACUCGGUCGCUCGCCAAGUCCCGCGGCCGCGGAUCUUUCCGCUAUAGAUGAACCCGAAGGGGCAGUACUUUCCGCAAAGCCGGUGUCCCGUGCCGCUCUAGAAGGCAUCGCCCGUGCUGGUUCCUCGUUCACAUAUUCGUUCGAGGCACCGAGGAAUGGAUCUCACUUGCCGACGGUAGCCGCCACCAAUCCAGUGCUGCUGGGUCGCGCUCGUCUGUGGACGUCACCACGCCGCGUCGGCGUCAUCCGACCAAUGCCGGCCCCGCAACUAGAACGUGCCCUUUCAAGUCCGGCACCUCCGCCUGAAGAAUUCACCGAGAAGACUAACGAAGAGCCACGGGUAGUGACACCACCGCCGGAACCGGAACCGCGCUUGGAGAAACGUGAGCCGCCGGCGGCUGUAGUCGAGCCGAUACCGCGAUCUCCCCCCACAGAAAGCACUCUGAGCGAAGUAAUUCGAGCGCCCUCCCCGCGUCCGAUCCCGUCCCCUCGCGAACGCACCCCGGACCCCGUGGAUGUGAAAUCGGAGCCGCGAGUGAUGGAAACUAUCCCCAAACCAGCGCUGGUGAACGGCCACGCGGAACUCCAACGUGCUCCUGAAGUGAAAGUGCGAACCCCGUCCCGUAUCGGAUCCGCGGGGAUAGAGCGAGCCUGGACCGGAGCAAAAGCCAAGAAGAGCGUAGUGAUAGAAGAGAAGAAGGAAGCGGAAGUGAAGAUGGCAACGUGGGCGCGCAAACCACGGCCGCCCGUACCGUCGUCCACUUCGGUGGUGUUCAACUUCUCGAACCGGAAGGAAGUGCCCGACUACAUCGAAAACGACGGCAUCAUACUGCGGUCCAGCCGGCGGAACCGGAUCAAGGUGAGUUUCACACUCCAUUUCCUUGAUACGCUAGGUCGAUCGUACAUGACAUGUAACGUCUGUACUUGA